AUGGUGAAAGAAGGGUUUUUAAAAGCAGAGCUUAAGCAGAACCAGAUCCAGAUUUCCAAGAUAAAUGAUGGUGAGGGCCACCCAAGCAGCAGCCACCAAGCCUUGAAAGGAACCUCGAAAUGGGCCACGUCACUGGAGAGCCUCCUGGAAGACCCGGAAGGAGUGAAACGCUUUAGGGAAUUUUUAAAGAAAGAAUUUAGUGAAGAAAACGUUUUGUUCUGGUUAGCGUGUGAAGAAUUUAAGAAAACACAGGGAAAAAAGCAGAUGCAGGAGAAAGCUAAAGAGAUUUACAUGACUUUCCUGUCCAGUAAAGCUUCCUCCCAAGUCAAUGUUGAAGGGCAGUCCCGUUUGAGUGAGACCAUCCUGGAGACACCUCACCCUCUCAUGUUUCAGAAGCUCCAGGACCAGAUAUUCAACCUCAUGAAGUAUGACAGCUACAGCCGCUUCCUGAAGUCAGACAUCUUCCUAAACCAUCAGAAGAGCGAGGAGCAAGAGGAGAGCUCACCAGAGGCUCAGACUGCAGCUAAAAGAGCAUCAAGAAUUUACAACACAUGAGACACAAUGGAUCCCUUCAGGAGAGGCCAUACAAUAAGGGAAUUACACUCAGGAACAGUCUAGGUUUAUAGCAGUUGCAUUUAGGGCUUGGAAAGCUCAGAACCUUUUUAGGAGAUACUUACCUUCUUAAUUGCUUGAAUGACUAAUUGUUUUUGCAUGAUAGCUAUUAACCAAGCACCCAUGGAAGGACUGUUUCCCAGCUAGAAGGCUGAGGUAUUCCUCCAUAGCAUGAAUUGCCUUUCAUACUUCACAAGUUAAAGUGCUUUCAAUUCUUUUAUUUUCCUUUGUGAGGCAUCUUGGUGAUGAGAAACAGGAGAUAGUGUGGUUGGGUUUUUAUUUUUGCCUUGUAAUUUUUAUUUGGGACUAGCUUUUACAUCCUGAACUGCUGGGAGAAGCAGUUGAGGAGAGCAUUUCUCAUUAGUUUGUGGGUGAGUCAUUCACAGCAAAUUUAAUCAUAAAGGGACAGCAUCUUUCAGGGUUAAGCUCAGUAGAAUCCAAUCCCUUCCUGUGUGACUUUGUUCUUUCAGUGAUGUCUGUUUUGCUUUGCCUUUACUGCUGAAUCAAAACACUUCCCUAGUCAUGAUUUUCAUUUUUGUAUCUCCUAGAUUUCCCCCUUUUUUUCUUUUUUUUUUUGCAGUAGACAAUCACCUUCUUCAGGGGAUGGGAUACCCUCAGUUCCCUUGGAAACAAAGGCUCUAAAAGAGACAGAAUCUCUGAGGAACUCCUGCCUGCCAUUAGGAAAUGUGACAGCAAAUAAGUAAAUAUCCCUCUCAGGGCACACUGAUCCCAGCAAAGCUUGGCUUUGUCCCUCACACCAGUGUGACAUCAGAUGCUGCUAUCAGGAAGUGUCUGGUCUCUCCCAGGUCUCCUGACCAACCCUGCUUUGUGCAGCAACAGCUUUGGCAAAGGACCAACAAACCAAAUCUGGUUUUGUUUUACUUUUUUUUUUCCCUGCUAAAAUCACCCUGCAGAGUUUUGUUUGCCCCACGCAA